AUGUUUGUGUUGAUUGAGCUCUUGUAUUUUGCUCUGCUGCCUGUGACAACCAUACUUUCGCAUACGUUCAUGAACAGCCUGACAAGGCACGGACGCAUACCAAAGGGGAUGUCGAAGAACAACUAUCAAUACUUCUACAUUUAUGGAUUGAUUCUGUCGGCUCUUCUGCCGGUCAGAAACAUUUAUCCUGUCCAUCUUGGACGCAGAUUCAUAGAAACCAAGAUCUUCAAAUACUCUGUCAGAAGCAGGAUGAGUCCUCUGCACCUGAUCCACGGCCUUGUGUACUACACAUUCAUCUGCAUACACCUCAGAGACAGAGCCAUUAGCAACAAAGCUGUCUUUAUGCUUCUAAACGCCCUUCAGUCUGUUUCCCACUAUUGUGUUUUUGCUCGAAAGACGUUUGCAUACAGCCAUUAUGCCGCUGAGGUGAUGAUAUACACAUUCAUUUAUUGGGAGGUUCGGACGAUUCAGAUGCUUUGUAAUCUCCUGUACGUCUUGUCGUUUGUGUUUUCGUCUGUCAGAAACCGGAGGGUCUGCAAGAGAUAG